UCUCACAGACACACACUCGCACACAAAGUGAUUUACAAGUUGAUGCCGGGGAGGAGGGGGGGCCUUGAACCGGAUUGUUGCUUUUCUUUUUUUUUCUUUCUUUCUUUCUUUCUUUACAUCCUUUAUUUUGUUGUUGGUAUUUGCUCACGCGAGCACGUUGUCAUAGCAGCUAGUGGAAAGUUCGUUCUAACGGUGAAGAGGCUGCCGACCGUUAGACAUUUCGGGUUUUUGUCCAUUUCACAUUUUUACGUUUGUUUAUUUUUUUUUCCUCUGUAAUCAUUUCGUGCCUUGGUGGAUCAUGAACAAGCUUUACGUUGGGAACUUGAGUCCCUCGGUCACCGUGGAAGACCUGAAACGGCUCUUCGGGGAAAGAGAGCUGCCUGUGACCGACCAAGUCUUACUCAAGUCCGGCUACGCCUUCGUUGAUUUCCCCGAUCAGAAGUGGGCCAUAAAAGCUAUAGAGACGCUGUCAGGGAAAGCCGAGUUACACGGAAAGGUGAUCGAGGUUGACUACUCUGUUCCCAAAAAGCUAAGAAGUCGUAAGAUUCAGAUCCGGAACAUUCCCCCUCACCUGCAGUGGGAGGUAUUAGACAACCUGUUAUCACAGUACGGUUCAGUAGAAAACGUGGAGCAAGUUAAUGCUGACUCAGACACAGCUGUGGUAAAUGUCACAUAUGCUUCAAAGGAGGAAGCUAAAGAGGCCAUCGAGAAGUUGACGGGUCACAGUUUGGAUAACCACUCCUUCAGUGUGUCCUACAUUCUGGACGUGGAGGGGGGCGGAGAGUCUCAGGCCCAGCGGGCGUCAUCCCGGGGGGGCAGAGGGGCACGGGAGCCCGACUCCACACACCCCGGGGCCAUGGGGGGCCUCCAAGGGCCCCGACACGGCAACCACGAACUCCCACUCAGACUGUUGGUGCCCACACAGUUUGUAGGAGCCAUCAUUGGCAAAGAGGGACUGACCAUCAAAAACAUCACCAAGAAGACUCAGUCCAAGGUGGAUAUCCAUCGUAAGGAGAAUGCAGGAGCUGCGGAGAAGCCUAUCACCAUCCACUCAUCUCCAGAGGGCUGCUCUCAUGCCUGCAGGAUGAUCCUGGAAGUCAUGGAGAAAGAAGCCACUGACACAAAAACUGCUGAGGAGGUUCCUCUGAAAAUCUUGGCCCAUAACAGUCUGGUGGGUCGUCUGAUUGGGAAGGAAGGCAGGAAUCUGAAGAAAAUUGAGCAGGACACCGGGACCAAGAUCACCAUUUCCCCAUUGCAAGACUUGACCAUAUAUAACCUGGAGCGUACCAUCACAGUGAGAGGAGGAGUGGAAGAGUGCUGUAAUGCAGAGGUGGAGAUCAUGAAGAAGCUGAGAGAAGCCUACGAGAACGAUGUGGCUGCUUUAAACCUGCAGACUAAUCUGAUCCCAGGUUUGAAUCUGAGUGCAUUGGGGAUUUUCUCCUCGGCUCUGCCCGUCCUGUCUUCAGCUGCUGGGCCUCGAGGAGUGGCCCCUCUUCCCACCACAUACAACCCCUUCAUGGGUCACACAUCAGCACUGGGGGGUCUGUAUGGAGCUCCUCCCGCUUUACCCCUACAACAAACGGCUCCGGAGCAGGAGGUGGUGUAUCUCUUCAUCCCUACUCAGGCAGUAGGAGCUCUAAUAGGGAAAAAAGGACAACACAUAAAGGAACUGGCACGUUUCGCUGGGGCUUCCAUUAAAAUUGCCCCUUCAGACAGCCCUGAUGCUCCUGAGAGAAUGGUCAUCAUCACCGGCCCACCUGAAGCCCAGUUCAAGGCUCAGGGGCGGAUAUUCGGGAAGCUGAAGGAGGAGAAUUUUUUCACUGCUAAGGAGGAGGUGAAGCUAGAGACACAUAUCAAAGUCCCCGCAGCAGCUGCCGGUCGAGUUAUAGGCAAGGGCGGUAAAACGGUGAAUGAAUUGCAGAACCUUACAAGCGCUGAGGUUAUAGUUCCACGGGACCAAACGCCAGACGAGAACGAUGAGGUGUUUGUGAAAAUUAUUGGGCAUUUUUUUGCCAGUCAGACGGCCCAGCGGAAAAUUAGGGAGAUCAUUCAGCAAGUAAAACAGCAAGAACAGAAGAACCAGCAGGGAGCGGCAACACCAUCGCAGCACACCAAGUGACCAGCAGAGGGCGCCAGCAAGCAGCAGCCUAUGAAUGUAGCUCCUCCGAGCGCAAACCAAAUGAGCAAAAAGCGCAAGAGAAAGAAAGAAAGAAAGAGCGGCAAGGAAACAGACGAGAAGGACAAGAAACACGAUCAAAACCAAAGAACUUUAACAAAACAAACAAACAAAACAUGAAAACACGACAGAGGCUCACAAGAAGAGCAAAA